AUGACAAGAAGAUCCUGGAACUCAUGUCCAACAUCAUCCAGCUGCUGACUGGAGAGGUUGCCAUAAGGACUCAUCAUGUUUCCAUCUAUUUUUCCUCGGACGAGUGGGACUAUAUAAAAGGAAACCAGGACCUUUAUGAGGAAGGGAUAAAGGAGGAGCCUCAGCAGCCCCUCCCACCGGACAGUGAAUAUGAAGAUGAGAGAGAUAUCACAGCUGAUCUGGGAGGAACAUUAUAUUAUAAUAAUGAGCCAAGCAAGAUUGGGGCUGAAGGAGCAGAUUUUUGUGCCGAUGGAAACUCUGAAAUUUCUCCAAUGGAACAGCCCCCACCAGCCAAUGGGAUUAAAGAGGAAGCAGCCUCCUGGAAAGGAGGAAACCAAUCAGAUUGCAGCAUUAAUCCACUUACAGAACAGCUACAGGGAACAGAUACACCUACUCCUAUCAUGGGAUGCAGCCUGAAUAACAACUUGUCAGAUAAUUAUAUAUCAGUAGCUAUUAAAGAGGAACCAACUUCAUGUGAAGAGAGUAACCAAUCAGAUUGCAGCAUUAAUCCACUUACAGAACAGAUAAAAGGAACAGAAACACCUACUCCUAUCAUGGGAUGUGGCCUCUUAAUAAUGCAGGAUAAUAAAUACGACGACGCUGCCUAUACAACCUCUUAUGAAUCUCCAUUAACAAAACAUACUUUACAUAGGAAAAUCAGCUCUGAUCAGUGCCAUAAACAUUUUCCUGCAAGCAGAGAUAUUGACAGACAUGAAAUAAGCCAUGAGGGACUGGAACACUUUCCUUGCUGCAGAUAUCUUCAUAAAUGUCACGCAAGUAAGAAGCUGUUUCCUUGUUCUGACUGUGGGAAAUGCUUCAAAAAGCCAUCAGAACUGACAGUCCAUCAGAGAACACAUACCGGAGAGAAACCGUUUUCUUGUUCUCAGUGUGAUAAAAGCUUUAUUAAACGCUGGGAUCUUAAGAGACACUACAGAACCCACACGGGGGAGAAACCAUUUCCUUGUUCCGAAUGUGGCAAAUGUUUCGCCACUUCAUCCGACCUCCGCGUCCAUCGACGAACCCACACGGGGGAGAAACCUUUUUCUUGUUCUCAAUGCGGCAAAUGUUUCAUAAAUCAGUCUCACCUUAACAAUCAUCAGAGAAGCCACACAGGAGAGAAACCGUAUGCUUGCUCUGAGUGUGGCAAAUGUUUUACACGUAACAGCAAUCUUAAAAUUCAUUUACAGAGUCACGCCGGAGGAAAAGUGUAAUGGGUGAAAUGUUUUACAAACCAGACAAAUAUUUAUUUCGCGCUGAUUACAUCUUCAUACGUGUUUUUCAAUAUUUGUAGAAGAAAGUAACAAGUGUGUCCACCACCAUUUAUCCACGUGAGAAUCCAUACACCGAUACUUGGCAGCUAAAGGCUCUGGAGCCUGAGGGACACUGGUCAGUGCAAAAACAGGUGAUGCACCAAAGCUGAAUGCCCUAUAUGUGCUCUGUCUCAUGGUACUGAUUAGAGAUGUGCAGUUUGGGAUUAUUCUCUACCCGCCCGAGCCCGACUUCCUUUUAUAGACGUAACGCUGACCUGCCGAUGACGUCACAAAAGGGGCGGGGCGUGCAGGCGCACGUCUAUAAAAGUUCAACCCGGAAGCCGGCAUUGGUAGGGUCACAGGUGAGGAGAGCAGUCAGAAGAGCUCAACCCCCCCACGACCCAGAAAGGGGGAUGCAAGGUCAGCCCUGACCGACGGGUAUUGGUCCAGGCCACACAUUACUAGCACUGAUGUAUCAUUGGCUGGGUGCUAAGUGCAAAAAAGUAAAAUUUUCCAUACUUUCUUCACCUGUGCCCUGCCCUCUGAAACAUUCUGCUGGUCUCUGUGCUCUAAAACAGCACAGACACUGGAAUAUAUCUCUGCCUCCCAGCAACAGAUAAUAAUGUGGGUUUUUUUGAAUAGGAAGGGUCAUAUCCCAAGGGAUAGGAGAGUCCCAUGAUCUAUAUUAUGUACUAAAGUUUGCUCAGUGGAUACCAUAAUGGAAAUAUAACCAGCUGGGAACGACUUGUCAGUCAAUAUGCUUUUACUGUAACUUACAGUAUGUGUAGAAUAAUAGGGGUAAAAUAAAUGUUUCAGUGCUAGAAUAAUACCGGGGGGGGGGGUCUAUCAAAGGAAGUUACAGUAUCAGUAUAACAGGAAGAAUCUCUUCAAAUCAUUAAAACUAUAUUUUGUGUAAUUCCUUUCCUAA